AUGCAAAUGCAGUCCAUCUCGGGCAUAAUUACCCAAGUGCGACUGACACAGGGUGAAGUGCCUCCUCCCCUUGUCGGCGCAUCAGUCACAGUGGUCAAUGAUCAAGUUUUUGUCUUUGCAGGAAGACUCGUUUCAUCUCGAAAGAUGACCAAUCACCUCUACAUCCUCGACCUCAACACUCUUCUGUGGAGCCGUCAUUUCCCUGCACCAGACUCAGACUCACCACCCCAGGCACGCUACUUUCACUCAGCCAGUGUAUAUGGAAAUUCGCUCGUCUUCUUUGGUGGUAUGGGCCACUCGCUCGAAACGGAACAAAUCGCAGUUCUCAACGAUGUUUCUCUUUUUGACCUAAGUACAAUGAGCUGGAAGAAACCUCCUCUCCAAUCUUCAACCCACGCACCGAGCGCACGAUAUGCUCACCUUUCCUCGGUUACGGAUGAUCGUCUAGUCAUCGUCGGCGGUCAGGAUAUAAGCAACAAAUAUAUUAGUGAAAUCAAUGUUCUCAGUCUGAAACGCUGGGAAUGGGUUCAAGCCAAAACAUUUGACAAAUCCAUUGGCGCAUAUCGAUCGGUAGCCAUUACAACUCCUACAGGAACUCGGCUACCUGUGCUUUUACGUGAACCGAUGUCAGAUAACGAAGAUCACCCGCAAUCUCAACAAGACAAGGAUCAGCCUGUCGUGGACUACAACCAUCGAGCAUCUCUAGUACGUCAAUACGGUCAAUCACUUCAGAGUACCCGUGAGCCAAGUCCUAUUUAUCUAUAUUCAAAUCACAGCUUUUCGGAUGUCCGUAGAGAACUCCAAUUGAUCUUCUUACCCAAUGCAACAGCCUCUAAUAUCGAAGACUGCUCUAGUUUUAUGUCUGGAACAAUGAUGCCUCCUGGGCUACGAUUUCCUACCGGUCACACUCUUGGCCAUCAUCUUAUAUUGGCAGGAACUUACCUCUCGCCACAGUCACAAGCAUAUACCAUAUGGUCUCUCAAUCUAGGCACAUUAACUUGGGCACGCAUCGAGACCGGAGCCAUGUUUUCGACUGGAUCAUGGCACCGUGGUGUAUUACAUGAGAACACAAACCGGUUUUUGGUCUUUGGUAACCGCACCCGAAGCUUCCUCGAAGAUUAUACACAUCGUCAGAUGAAUUUUGAUCAUCUUGCCACAGUUGAUCUCGAAGCAUUUGGGGUGUAUCGUCUGCCACGGACCACUUGUUCGUCUCUCGCCCAAGAAAUGGGGUUAUCGUUACUCAAUGAGCCUGCCGUGGCCGAUUUCCAUAUCAUCACCCGAGAACAACAAACCAUACCAGUCAACUCAGCCGUAUUGGCCCAACGAUGGCCUUACUUUGCUGACCUUAUUCAGGUGUCUACUGAAGGGCUGGAUGUGGUCGAUCUUCCCGAGACUUCUGGGACAAAGAGUCGAGGUAUGGCAUUUCCGUACCCGUAUGCCGUGGUCAUUGCCCUCUUACAGUUCAUCUACACGGAUAAUCUCUUGACUGCUCAACAGUACCAGCCUCACAUUCUAUCGCAGCUACUGCUAUUAUCGGAUAUGUACAAUCUACCCCGUCUCCGCGAAUUAUCUACCCAUGCCCUGCACCAAAUGCUCAAUAUGUCUACUGCCCCACUGAUAUUCGAAACUGCUGCAUUAUCCCACCAGACAAGUCUUCAGAUCCGAGCGCUCAAGAUGAUGAUUGCU